AUGAGUUUUGUUUGGCUCGGCGGAGGCGCAACAUUUGAAUCGCUGUCGCGCCAGAGUCGUAGUCUCGUGUAGUACGGCUUUCCGAACUUAAUUAAAAGGUAUUAUUGAGACGCUGUGCUCUGCUGCGCUUUUGUUUUUGAAUUGAAUUCGACACAGUGGAUGCAUGACCUCUGAACUGGGCCAAAAAUAUUUAAACCUUAAUAACCUGAUCGGGUGAAAGCACGUUGUCGCAAAAAUUGCUAAUGAUCCUGGGUGCAUGUAACCCUUUAACUCCCAAGAUCUCAUUAGUAAUUCUCCUUACUGUCUACCAUACAGUUCUUGUGUUGUUAAUUUAGAGAAAUUGGUAUUGGAUCAACUUAUAAUCCCCCAAUUGAUAUUUUUCUUCACUUAUCUGAUUGAUAUUGCACUGAUAUUGUAAGGAGAAAUUCUGUCUUGGUCACUCAUGGGAGUUAAAGGUUUAAUAAAAAAAUUUAUAAGGUUUCUCCUCUGUAACUGAUCAAUAAAAUCUUGAUUGGGUUUGGAUUGAAUUGCAUAGUUUACACACAGAAAUCAUAGUCUCCACACAUUCUACGGACUGUGUUAACCGUCUUUUUUUUUUUAAUAGAUUACAACACCGUAGGAGUACGAGCACGGCGUAUGACACAUCGAAGUUGUGGUGAAGUAUCGUACAAUCCCACAUCUUCCAUUUGCUGCACUGAUCGAGUAAUACGAAUUUCGGGUUUGACUUCCUCGUGCUGUGGAGCCAAAGCUUACCACACAAGGUAUGGCAUGUGUUGCGGUGAUAAAAUUGUCAGGAAAUCAGGCUCAGCCUGUUGCAGUUCCCAACCCUACGACAAAAGAGUCCGAAUGUGCUGCGCCGGUAAAGUAGUCGGUAAAUCUGGCUUUACCUCAGCCUGCUGUGCUUCCAAAUCCUACAACUCAAGAACACAAUUGUGUUGUGAUGGUAAAGUAGUUGGUAGAUCGGUUCCAGCCUUGGCUUGUUGUGGAUCUCAAACCUACGACAAAAGAUUCCGAAUGUGCUGUGGCAAUAAAAUAGUCGGUAAAUCUGGUUUUAUCUCAGCCUGCUGUGGUCUACAGUCAUACAACACGCGAAGCAAAAUGUGCUGUGCCGGUAAAAUAGUCGGUAAAUCUGGCUUAACCUCAGCCGCCUGCUGUGGUUCCAAAUCCUACGACACAGGAAGACAAUUGUGUUGUAAUGGUAAAGUAGUUAGUAGAUCAGUUCCAGCCCCACUGGCCUGUUGUGGAUCUCAAACCUACGACAAAAGAUUCCGAAUAUGCUGUGGUGGUAAAAUAGUCGGUAAAUCUGGUUUUACCUCAGCCUGCUGUGCUUCUAAAUCCUACAACUCAAGAACACAAUUGUGUUGUGAUGGUAAAGUAGUUGGUACAUCGGCUCUAGCCCCGCUGGCCUGUUGUGGAUCUCAAACCUACAACAAAAGAGUCCGAAUGUGCUGUGGCCGUAAAAUAGUGGGUAAAUCUGGUAUUACCUCAGCCUGCUGUGGUCUGCAGUCAUACAACAAACGAAGCCAAAUGUGCUGUGCCGGUAAAAUAGUCGGUAAAUCGAGUGCAAACUCUGCUUGCUGUGGCUCAAAAACCUUCGACAAAAGAUUCAAAAUGUGCUGUAGUGGUGAAGUCCAAGCAAAGUCUGGUGUAACCUUUGCUUGCUGUGGUCCUCGCAGCUUUGACAGAAGAUUCCACAAAUGCUGUCAGGGUCAAGUGCGAUCGAGUUGUUAAGUAAGAACGUGAUUUCUACUGCUGA